ACGUACACUCGCCAAGGAUCUACGCCUCCUCCUUGGAUAUAAUCGUAUGCGACGAGCUCGUAUGGGAGAACCUCUCUCCUUGUCUUCUUCGACAUCAUCGAUUUCCUCUCUCGUAGGGCCUCAUCCCUCGGAAUGGGAUGAGGACGACACAGACAACGAGCAAGAGGAGAGAAGAGGAGGCAGAGGGGUUAUUGGAGGAGGAGGACGAAGAAUAGAAGGUGAAGGCAGUGCCAUCCAUGGAGGCAGAGGUGGUGAUAAAGGGGGAUCAGCGGCGAUGGACAAGGCGGAGGCGAUGAAGGGGGAGGCCGCGACAACGGAGGGGGAGGCGGCGGCGAUGAAGCGGGAGAACACGAUAAUGGAGGUGGAGGCGGACGCGAAGGUAGAGAUGGGGAAGGGGAAGAAGGGCGACGAGGAGAAAGAAGAGAAGAACUCGGAGGAGGAAGAUGAGAGAGGAUGGGAAGGACGAGGAGAAAAAGGACGGGAAUAAGAGAAGACGAAAAAGUAGACGAGGAGGACGAUGAGCGCGAUGAGGAAGAAGAAAAGGAGCUAGAAGGUGGAGCACGACGAACCCCAAGUUUCCCUCCAACCUUUUCCCUCUCGCACUAUCUUUCCCCCCAACCAUCUCGCCGACCCCUUUACCCCCUUUCCCCCCCCCCCAAAAAAAAAAAUACCCCGCAUCUCCCUAUCUCCCCGAAUCGAUCAAUCAAUCAAUCAAUCAAUCAAUCAAUCAAUCAAUCAAUCAAUCAAUCAAUCAAUCAAUCAAUCAAUCAACCAAUC